CCACGUUUCUGCGCACCUAGAGUAGGGAGGGAGGAGGUGGUUGUCAUCCGCGCCCAAAGGAUCGGUAUUCUAGUCCGCGAUACUACUAGCGCCGACGUUAUGUCGCAUACCCAAGCCUCUCUCGGUCCCAUGUGCGGAUGAUUCCCCUCGACUAAAUAUGGUACUGUCUGCAGGUCCCGCAAUAUUCAUGUCAGCCAAGGUACAUCCAUCCUUCUCCCAUACCACACCCUACACACACGCUCUCUCUCUUCUCUCUCUCUCUCUGUCUCUGUCUCUCUCUCUCUUUCUUUCUCUCUCUCCCUUCUCCCCCCCCUCUCUUCCUCUCUCCUCUCUUCGUCUCCUCUCUCCCCCUCCUUCUCCCUUCCCCUCUCCGGCAUACUACCUCUAUAUUAUAGGAUAUAUAUGCAUACGCAUGUAUGUGCCUGGUACUUCACCUAUACAGACAACUAUAGGUGUAAACCAUCAGCGAGAGCUCAGCACAGCUAAGCAUAGAGGCGCCACAUACCGUUGCCCCCCGUGGCUCACGGACGACAACGUGAUCCAGGGCAGGCAGCGCAUGAUACAAUUGCCUAUAUCCCAUCGCGGUGCCGUCUCUCGUUACGUUCAGCAGACGAACGUACAGCAUGUAGUAUGUACGUAUAUACAUGCAUACAAUACUAGAUGUGCAUGCGCUUCCCCUCUCCUCUGCUCUCCGAAUUCCCUUCACGCGCCACCUGAUGAAUGCAUUGUAGGCCGUGGAGUAUGUGCUAGGUAGACCACGGUAAGUGGUGACAACGACUAGAAUGAGGGACGCGAGCGGACGAGAUGACACUAGCUACCUAACCUACAUGCAGCUUUUAAUUGAGGCAGGUUGUGUGUCCCUUCUUGCGCAAUGAGGCGUUGUAUGAUCGACGCC